UUUGAUAACCUUUUGUGUUUGCUAAAACCCACAUUAAAAUUGGAAACAUUUAACAUUUCCUUACGGAGAUAGAGUGAUAUUGAUAAUGUCGACCUUAAAACUCACAGCAAAAAUUUCCAAAUUCUUCCCAAAAUCCACACCCAAAUGCAAUUCUAACCAUAAGGCUCUUCUCACCACUGCCACCAGGCCAUUGCAAUUCUUCAAAAAGGAUAAAGACGUAGCAGAUACAUGUAAGAAGACCAAAGAAGCAGCAGAAGCAGUUGAACAAGGAGCAAAAGAAGUCAGGGAAACUUGUGAAUUUAUGAGAGACACUGUAGAAACAACUGCAAAAAAGGUUACCAAAAUGACAAAGGAGGCUACAGAUAAAGUAUCUGAAACAGCAGGAAACUUCACCGAGAAAGCAAAGGGCACAGUCUCAGGUGCUUUGGGAAUGGCCAAGAAUGCCACUGAAAUCAUCAAGGACAAAGUCGUGGGCAAGUGAAAUUAAAAUGUACGGUUCAUACAUAAAGAACAAUAAACCACUAUAGUUUCAUUUUCUUUUUGCUAUUUUUUAUUCGAUUCCUUUACUUGAUGUGCUAUCAAGACUAUCCAAUUCAUACUUAUAUAAUUUAAUUUUGCA